AUGCGCGGGCGGAAUCUAAAACCCUCGAGGGUCUACCAGACAGCUUCGGCAUUAUUAGCUUCAAAUAGCAUACCACAACCACCAGUUUGGUACCAAACGAUAGGAGCGAUUCCACCGGGUGAAAUUUUGACACGGUCCCAAGCUCCGCAGCAUAGAGAAAUACGACUGAGUAAAAAGGUCCGGAAACCCAGCAAGUCUUUCCGACCACAACAGAUAGUCUAUGAGGAGGAUUUGUUGAGAAAACAAUUCUAUAAUGAUCAUCCUUGGGAACUGGCGAGGCCGAGGAUUCUUCUAGAGAAUGACGGAAGAGACGGACAGAAUUGCAAUUGGGCGAACAUAAGGCAGCCGGGGAGACCACUCAAUGGUGAAAGUGUUGUGCAAAGGCAACUUUGGCUUAUGAAUGAAGGACAGAGGCAGAAAGACGAAGCAUACGACAUUGCCCGGAAAGAGUUCUAUGCUUUGCGACACGAGGAAGAGGUGGAGCGACGAGUCGCAAAGGAGGAAGCUUUGUGGACAGGGGCUCAUUUUGGAAAGGGUGCAUUGGAUGUUGGAAUGGGAUUGGAAGACAAGACAUAUGACGAAUGGCUGGAGUGGGCAAAAACCAACGUCGCGGACCAAGCCAUGACCCGAGAGGCUGCCUAUACGAGUAUUCCAGAAGCAGCUGAGAUCGAUUUAGGUCUGGAUGGGGAGGAACAAACAGAACUCCCAGCUGCCGCUUGA